ACUAUGCAAACGGUCUCACAUUGUGAAUCUCGCACUUUUUCUCGUGACGAGGAUAUCCAACCUGUUCCAUGCGGACAGAAUCUACCGUCUGGAAAUAAUAUCAACGUUCUUCUUAAUUAUUUCCUCUCUCACAAAUUUAUGGCUGUAAUCAACUCAUUCUACUGCUCCAUUCUUCGUUUGAUGGAUCCUUUUACCAAAAGUUUCCCCAAACAAAACCCCUCAGCAGCUGACGAGUCGUCGUUACUAUGAACCCCACGGAAGUGACGAGGGCUGCCAAAACGGAAGACCUGUCAGCGACAGGCCUACAUUAUUCCCAGGAUUUUCUGGGAAUGGGGUCAACAUGCUCAGGGAUAGAAUCAACAUCAGCAACAGAGAAGAAACCAGAGGAAGAGGAUCUGGGGUUGUCGACCGAAAAGGGGGCAAAGGGAGCAGUGUUUUCAGAAGAAAUUGCGAGACAGGGUUCCUUUGAUCCCAUUUACGAGCGGCCGCCGACGGAGGAGUCACCAAACGAACAAAUGCUGAAACAGGCGACAGAGGCUGGAGAGGAAUUACAGAUAUGGUUAGAAAAAAUAACAAACGGAGAUGAAGUUUUGUCCCUGCAAACUUGGGGGAUGGAAACGGUAGAAGUAAUGCCACAAGGAGCGGAGUGUGUCGUGCCGGAGGAGGUGACUCGGGCCCGAGGGGGUAAAAACGUGCUCGAAGACGUUAGAACCGUGACGGCGGGGAAGAGGACUGAAGGGCCAGGAACAUUUACAACCAGGAAGAAGAAUGUAUGGAGCGAAGAGGAGCACAGGUUAUUCUUGAUGGGCUUAAAGGUUCAUGGAAGAGGAGCUUGGAAGAGCAUAGCCAAAAAUUUUGUGCACACAAGGACGCCGAGUCAGGUCGCAAGCCACGCACAGAAGUACUUUAAUCGGCAGUUGGACGAGAGGCAGAAGCGUCGUCCAAGCAUCCUCGACAUCAAGACCAUCAACACGACCGCAAAGACUCGUCGAGAAAGCAUGUAUGACUCAAUCAAGAGCAGUAGCCAGGUCAACCUUAACAAUGCCAAGCGGUCCAGUCCGUCAUCUAUGCCUUUGCCGCCUCUGCCACAGAUGGAGUUCACACAAAUGGCGAGCAAUGAGCACCCCAACCCAAACACCCCCAAAACAAAUUCCCAACUUCCGCAACCAGACAGUUUGGAACAACAACAAUAUGCACUGACUUCAGGAGGUGGAGAUCAUGACUGACCUGCCCGACAUCAGGUCGGAUACAGAAGCCUAGACCAACAAUAUAACUGGCAGAACUCUUGUCAUCACCGAAGUGUCCCAGGAUGCGUCCACUUAGACGGAAGACAUUAAAUCCCACUGGGUCCACCUUCGUUUCAGAACGGAAAGCAAGAGACUACAGCUGCUCAAAUGUAAAGCGAACGCGACAGCCAAACUGAACUUUUACACCAAAACAAGAGCCCUAGAAUUGAAGAACAGUGGGUGAACCAAUCAGCACCUCAAAUCUGUAACUGCAUAUUUUUCAACUUUAGACUUCUAGCACAAAGACAAACAAAUUUAUUGUCA